GUUUUGUAAACAAUCAUUAGCAGGUAGUGCAUUGGCUUGUGUACUUAUCAUUUGUUUUGAUUUUAUCUGAUAAAGAAAUGGAAGCAAAACAGGAUCCCUGCCGGAUUUGCUUCGUCUCAUUAGAAGGAAACAUUUCGUUGAGUGAUUCCUUCAAUGGAAGCUCGCUUAUUGAGAUGUUACGGUGCUGCGUUAAGCUAGAGGUUCAUGAAAACGAUGGUCUUCCCUACGAAUGUUGUACAAGCUGUAAAGACGAUCUGUUAGUUGCUUACAGCUUUGUGGUUCGAUUUCUUGAAUCAGAUGCCAAAUUCAGGAAACUGCUAGAAGAUGCGUCUUCAGUUGACAGGUUAUCAGAAAAAGAGCCACGAACGGUAUGUUCGGUUAAGCCGCAGUACAAACUUGGUGAGGAACUUGUAUUUGUCGAACAAUUUGUGGAUACUUGUAACGAUGCCGCGGAAAUCACCGCAAUCAAAGAUGAGUCCGCUGACAGUUCUGAAGACGAAUUCGAUGCGCUCAGUGACGAUGGAGAUCAUGGCGAGCAAGAAGAGGAAGUCAGAGUUAAACGAACAAACUACACGUCGACGCCUAAACGAUGUUGUAGGUGUAAAACGCGACUUCACAGUAUCAAGCAGGUCCAAGAGCACUCCAAAAUCCACGAGGAAUCCAGAAUCACCGAUACUCGUCGCAUCAAAUUACGACCUUAUGAGUGCUCGAACUGCUUCAAGCGGUACACUAAACAGCGAGCUUUGGAGCUUCACCAACGCGAGAUGUACGCCGAUAAGCCUUUUCAGUGUGACGAAUGUGAAGAAGACUUCCAUUCUGCAUCGCAACUAGAAGAACACAAGGAUAGCCACGGAAAGGAAAAGGUUCCCAAGAAAGGACCUUUUCCAAAGUGCUGUGCAUGUUACCAACAGUUUGAAUCUGAAGAUCAGCUCAGAGCACAUGGGAACGAAGUCCAUCUGCCUGAAAGUCAGAAGUGUUCAAGCGAAAACGAGAACCAGUUCAGCUGUGACGUGUGCUACCGUCGGUACAAAUCCAAGCGUAUUCUCAUGGAUCACAAAUCAAAGCCAUACCGGACAAAGCAGUACCAGUGUUCGCAGUGUGGAAGGAUCUUCCGCGAUAAAUGUGCCCUCUCAGACCACGAACGGUGUCAUCAGGGUGAGCGACCGUUUGUUUGUGCCGUUUGCUCGAAAACGUUUGCCAUUAAGGAUUCCUUCCGGAAGCACGUGAAAUCGCACUCGAUCGAAGAGGAUCGCUUCAAGUGCGAGAUAUGCCAGAAAGGGUUCAAAACUAAGGGAAAUCUGAAGGAUCAUUACAUAACACACGCGCCCGACUAUCGGCCGCUCAGUUGCACCCUUUGUUCGGCCACUUUUGCGCGUAAGUCUUGCCUGAACUCGCAUAUGCGGAUGCACACGGGAGAGAAACCGUUUAAAUGUGACCAGUGCGAUGCUAGCUAUGCGUUCUCGACGGAUUUGAAGCGGCAUCGGAUGGCCCAUCAGGGAAUUAAGCCGUUUGUUUGUACAAUCUGUGGGCGCGGAUAUCCGCGGAAGGAUUAUCUGCGUAAACACAUGGCUAACCAUUUGACUCAGACGUGAUUGAAGGAAGCAUCGUUUAGCAGUAUUGGUUUUUAUUGUUUUCAAUAAAUGAUUUUAAGCAA